GUUUGCAUUUGAAUGAUUGGUGGAAUGUCAGGAAAUUGUCAUCAGCAACCUUGCGAACUCAUUGUGCAGUCAUUGAUAUAAAAAAGAAGGAACCAAACAAAUUGUGAUUAGUCACACAUCAAGCGUAAUUUUGCGUCAUCAAUUUUUGGAUUCAUCUACCAUAUUGUGGAGGUUUUUGAGAUAUAAGAGAAAUUGAACAUAAAUUUUAUGCAAUCUGUUUGUUAAGUCUAUAAGUGAUAAGGAUUUCUAAUAACUUAGUUAAUAUUUGCUACAUUCGAAGCACAAUGGAAUUUCCAAGUUUGGGUCAACAUUGCUCGGAAAAGUUUUGCAACAAACUCGAUUUCCUUCCUAUGAAAUGUGACGCUUGCGGUGCAAUAUUCUGUUCGGACCACUUCAGCUAUCAAACGCAUUCGUGUCCUUCGGCUUAUAAAAAAGAUGUACAAGUACCGAUAUGCCCACUUUGCAGUGAGCCAGUUCCUACAGCACGAGACGUUUCUCCGGACGUGACUGUUGGAGCCCACAUCGACCAAUUUUGCAAAUCGGAGAAGAAAAAAAUAUAUACCAAUCGUUGCACUUUCAAGAACUGCAAGAAAAAAGAGUUGAUUCCGUUUUCCUGUACAGUUUGCAAGCGAAAUUAUUGUCUCAAACAUCGUCAUACAGCGGACCAUGAAUGUUCAGGAUCUUCAAGUGGCUUACCACAACGUAGUUUAACUGCCCAAGCAGCACUUAACAGACAACAGCAGCUACUACAAAAGGGUACUGUCAGAACCACCCAAAAUCCACAAACAAUAACUAACAACACUAGUCACUUGGAAGCGAUCCAGGGUAAUAUGUCUGAAGAUGAGGCUUUAGCACGUGCUUUGGCGCUUUCACUGCAGGAAGAGGACGAUGAGCGGACACGAGCCGCUCGGAACAAUGAAUCGGAAAAUGGAAGAACGGGCAAUCGCAAUGGAAUUGUGGUUGGAGGAACCGGCACUAAGGACAAGUGCAAUCUCUCGUGAUUGUUGACCGUCAGCUGGGAGCUUGACAAUCUAUCGUUACUUUUGAUUACAUUCAUAGUAUACCAUAUAUCGACAUUUUCCAGAUCUUUGUUUUGUAUUCUGACGCUUUAAUAUAUGUCUAGUAUCAUUGGGUAACAAUUAUAUCAGCUUAAUGAAUAAAUGGAGAUUACUUAUCAGAA